CCAUUUCUCACCAUGUCUUCUCACAAGACUUUCAGGAACAAGCGAUUCCUGGCCAAGAAACAAAAGCAAGAUCAUCCCAUUCCCCAAUGGAUUCAGAUGAAAACUGGUGAUAAAGUCAGGUACAACUCCAAGAGGAGACAUUGGGGAAGAACAAGGUUGGGUCUAUAAGUAAUUACAAAUGAGAUGACACAUGUAUUUAUGCUGUAUAAAGGUCACUAUCAUCUUAACACAUCAAGCUGAAAACACCACCACUACAACCUGGACAAUUAGACA